UAAAAAAGCUGAUGAAUAAUUUUUAACUAAAAAUUGAAGCCAUAAGGAUGGGUUUGGCGUAUAAAUAUUUAACAAAACCGGUUCAACGAGGUCUUCCAGUCUCUCUCAGAAAAUUAAACUCAUGCUACUUCCAAUCUACUGAACAAUAUCAUAUUUUAGCGAUAAAUUACUGUUUUCGUCACUUACUUGAUAAAUAAGACCUCUUCGCUUUUGAAGCCUCUGUUCUUCCGCUGAACUUAACUCGACCUGUUGAAUGUGAUAACAAUAUUUAAUCCUACCUGUCUGACUGAUAAAAACGAUUCACAUCCAAUCUUUCGACAAUAAAGAAUUUGAUGCCAAAUCAGGCACAGAAUCUACAUGAGUUCAUUCUUUUUCUUAAGUAGUUUGAUAUCUCUCAUCUAAUAAAAUGUAUCUAUCAAAGUAUUGCUUAGAUCGUUCAACAUUGAUUCAGUUUUGCUAUGGAUGUUAUGCAAUGACAACUUUAACUGUAUCUGGAAUGAGCAUGGGAUUUUCAUCAGUGGCAUUACCUUUGUUAACAAAAAAUGACACAUCUGAAUCAACACUAUUGUAUCUUAAUGGAUCAGCUGCAGUUUGGUUUGCAUCAAUUACUUCAAUUGCCAUUAUUUUUGGAUGCAUUAUGAGUUCUUUAACUAUGACAGCAGGACGAAAAAUGGCAAUGACAAUUUCUGGCAUUGUUGCUAUUAUUGGUUGGAUAAUUAUUGCGACAAGUUAUCAAGUUUAUUCAUUACUCAUCGGCAGAUUUUUGACAGGAUUUGCCAUAGGUUUAGCAGCAACACCUGCACCAGUUUAUACAGCAGAAAUUGCAACGUCACGAUAUAGAGCAACUUUAACGUCAUGUACGAAUUUCUUUAUCUGCAUCGGAAUUUUACUCAUAUAUUUCCUAGGAUUCAUCAUAUCUAAUAACUGGAGAUUGGUUGCAUCAUCGUCGGUGGUUGUGCCUACAAUAUCUGUCAUUUUGAUUGCACUUUGGUUACCUGAAAGCCCAAGAUGGCUUUUAGAUCAAAAUCAACCCCUAAAAGCUAAAGAAGCUUUACUUCGUUUACGAGGAUUAAGUUGUGAAACUAGUGAGUUUUCUGAAGAAUUUAGUCAGCUUGUUCAUUACCAUGAAAAAACUUCUAUUAAUAUUACGAAUAACUUAUCCUCAUCCUUUGGAGAAACUUAUCCUCAUCAGACAUCAUCUGGAAAUAUCUUUUUAAAGAAAGUGAAGAGUUUUUGGAUAAUUUCAAAACUACCAGAAGUAUGGAAACCAUUCAUUAUUCUUAACAUAUUUUUUUUAAUUCAACAAUUUUGUGGCAUUUAUGUGUUAAUGGCUUACACAGUUGAACUCAUUAUUAAUGCAGGAAUUACUAUUGAUCCUUACUUAAUAAGUGUUUUCAUUGGAGUAAUUCAAACUAUUGGAGCUCUUGCUCUUACAUUGUGUAGUUCCAGAAUGGGCAGAAAGCCAGCAUCAAUUAUUUCUGGAAUAGGAAUGACCGUAUCUUUAGGUGUUUUAGGAACCUACAUUUUCUUAAAUGAUGAAAAUAAUCAUUUGAACACAAAAUAUUUCUUUAUUCCUAUUGCUGCUUUGCUCGUUUUUGUCGCAACUGGAUCCUUUGGAUUUUUAUCAAUUCCUUGGGCUAUGAUUGGUGAAUUAUACCCAACACGAUUUGUCAAUAUUCUUGGUCCUCUGACAACAUGUCUAGAAGGAUUAUUCAACUUUGCAUCGAUUCAAAUUUAUCCUAUACUUGUUGCUUGGAGUUUCCCAGCUACAAUUUUUUUGUAUUUUUCUAUUUCCUUUAUCGGAAUUUUUUUUGUUAUUUUUAUUUUACCAGAAACUUAUAAUCGAUCUAAAAGUCAAAUUGAAAAUAAUUUUAAAAAAAAUUGACAUUCACUUUGUACUUUUUAUUUUCAAUUAAAUUGUUUACAUGAAUGUAGAUACUGUUGUUGUGUAUAUUGAAUUUUGCGCAAGAAAGUAGAUACGUAUGCCCUCUGCGUUAAAAGAUAUUGACUGAAGUUCAAUGCCAAAAGAAGAUAAUAUAGCAAUCAGACAAGAUUUCUUUCAACACAAUUAAUUUUUUAUAAAUUAUUGGAAUACGUUGGAAUAUUGAUACAAAGAAAAAAGUUUUUUAAGCAAUCGAAUUUUUUAGAUUAAUUAUAAGCUACAAUGCUUUAUGUCAAAUGUGCAUAAAGUAUGAAAAGUAGUUAUGACAACAGAAGAUAAUUUAUCUGGAGCAUACUCUAAAUUGGUAAAUACCAUUUCUUCAACUUUAGAUGUCAAUAAAAUAGAAAAUUGCUCAUAUUGCUGUGAGUUUUGAAAUGUAGUUAUAUUAAUAAAAUUUUAUUGUUUUUACUCA